GCUAGGUAAAGAAAUCGACCAUUUGCUGUGAAUUCACCUCAUCAACCAUUUGACAAUACCUAAAUCCACAUUAAGCAAAUAAAAAUACCGACAAAACUCAAGGGGAAGGUGGAAGCAGGUUAUUGUAUCAUGAGAAUGAGCCGGUGGGCGCCUUUUGAUCCUGGCUGUUGUUCUUUGAUGAAUUAUAUUUGCUCAGUUGCAUAAAGGAGCCCCUUAAGCCCUGCUGAAGGAAUGGUGUGUCUUGGCCAAUGCAAGCCUUUCUUUCCCCUUCUCUGUUCACAGGUUUCCGACUGGACAACAAAAGUUUAGAAAUGAAAUAACUUUGUUUUUUUAGUAAUUUCUGACUUUUUAGCCUUUAAUGUGGCUGUCCCAAAAUGAUUGCAGACUCCCACCCCACUGGGAAUUUUGGUGGUGAAAGUGUUUCAUGCUGGGGAAGGGGAGCUGGGAUGGCUUUCUAUUAAGUAGAGGUAGGUGGUGAGAUUAAGAGGUAAGAGAGAACCCAAACCCCUCUAUUCAUUUAGUACCGCCCAAGAUUUUUACAAAUACAUUGCCAUUCGUGGUUCUGCAGGUCUCGUGCACUAUUUUCCACUCACCUAGUUUCUCUACUUCUGCACUUUGUAAGAUAAAUUACUGUAACUUCUUCAAUGCAAACUUUGUGACCUCUCUCUAGGCUUGCAGUCAGCUAUGUUGGAAUCCAUAGAAAUAUUUUUUCUCAAUGGUAAUUGGUCUUUAUUUCUUUGCAGAUGUCUAUAUUGGCUUUAUCUGAGUCUUCUUCUGAAACAGUAAAUUAUUUUAGAUAUGUUUCACUUCGAUUUCCCAAAUAGUUUAGGCUAUGCAAAAUGAUGAAUGUUCUACACAACCACUCAUCAACCAUUUAGGUGAGAUGUUGGAGAUUUUUCUCUUCUGUAGCAGCAAAUUUGCACAGUCUGCUGCUGAUUUAAAAUAUGUACUGCGGGCGACCCUAUCACUGGGAUUUGGCCAAGUUCAAAGCAGCUGUGCAGAUGGACACAGAAGACAGAAGGCAGAGGGAAGUAGACCCUUUUAAUCAUAACAAGGCUGCUCUUGUUUUCCUAUCUAUAGUGGAAGUGCAUGCCAGCCCCUCAUACUUAAAAGCAAGCUUGCGAAUGUGUCAGAAUAGACAGCAACAGCAUUUGUUAUUAAUGCAAAGUUAAAAAUGUGACAAACUGUCUUCUCAGUAUUGCUCUUUACAUCUCCAUUUCUAGACUGACGCUGUACUGCUGCAAGAAGUGCACAUGCAAUUGCUGGUGGUGGGAUAAGAAUUUCCUCUCCCCAGAACUCAGGCUCUUUGAAAGAUUUCCUCUGAUGCAUUUUUCCCUCCCCCAAGUCUCUCUGAAGCCAACAAGACUGAGGUUAUGAAGUCAAUCCUAGAUGGCCUCGCAGAUACAACUUUUCGAACAAUCACCACAGAUCUCCUUUACGUGGGCUCCAACGAUAUCCAGUACGAAGACAUGAAGGGUGACCUGGCAUCCAAGCUGGGGUACUACCCCCAGAAGUUUCCUCUCUCUUCCUUCAGGGGUGAUCCUUUCCAAGAAAAAAUGACUGCAGGAGAUGAUCCCCUAUUGAGCAUUAUUCCCUCAGAUCAGGUCAACAUCACAGAGUUUUACAACAAGUCCCUGUCCACGUUUAAGGAUAAUGAUGAGAACAUACAGUGUGGGGAGAACUUCAUGGAUAUGGAGUGCUUUAUGAUUCUGAACCCCAGCCAGCAGCUGGCCAUCGCCGUGCUGUCGCUCACCCUGGGCACCUUCACGGUCCUAGAGAACCUGCUCGUCCUGUGUGUCAUCCUCCACUCCCGAAGCCUCCGGUGUAGACCCUCCUACCAUUUCAUCGGCAGCCUGGCUGUGGCUGACCUCUUGGGCAGCGUGAUUUUUGUCUACAGUUUUGUGGAUUUCCAUGUUUUUCACCGGAAGGACAGCCCCAACGUCUUCUUGUUCAAACUGGGUGGAGUUACAGCCUCCUUCACCGCCUCCGUAGGUAGCCUUUUCCUCACGGCAAUAGACCGGUACAUAUCUAUACACAGGCCGCUAGCUUACAAAAGGAUUGUUACCCGACCAAAGGCUGUCGUAGCGUUUUGUGUGAUGUGGACCAUUGCCAUUGUAAUAGCCGUUCUUCCUCUGCUCGGCUGGAACUGCAAAAAGCUCAACUCCGUUUGUUCGGACAUAUUCCCCCUCAUCGAUGAGACGUACCUGAUGUUCUGGAUCGGGGUCACCAGCGUCCUUUUGCUGUUCAUUGUCUAUGCCUACAUGUACAUACUGUGGAAGGCUCACAGCCACGCUGUUCGCAUGAUUCAGCGGGGCACGCAGAAAAGCAUCAUCAUUCAGUCGACGGAGGAUGGUAAGGUACAGAUCACUAGGCCUGAUCAAACUCGUAUGGACAUCAGGUUAGCCAAAACCUUAGUCCUUAUCCUAGUAGUUUUAAUCAUAUGCUGGGGCCCUCUCCUCGCCAUCAUGGUGUACGAUGUCUUUGGGAAAAUGAACAAGCUCAUCAAGACUGUCUUUGCCUUCUGUAGCAUGCUCUGUUUGCUGAAUUCCACAGUGAAUCCCAUCAUCUACGCUCUGAGGAGCAAGGACUUGCGACACGCCUUCCGCAGCAUGUUCCCCACCUGCGAAGGGACGGCGCAGCCCCUGGAUAACAGCAUGGAGUCUGACUGCCAGCACAAACACGCCAACAACGCGGGGAACGUGCACAGGGCUGCCGAGAGCUGCAUUAAGAGCACAGUUAAGAUUGCCAAAGUUACCAUGUCUGUCUCCACAGACACGACUGCUGAAGCGUUGUAAAUUCAGAGACUUCUCAGCGUUGUGAGAAAAGGAGUUGGUUUAAAAAAAAAUUAAAAAAUAUUUAAAAAAAAAAAAAUCAACAACAGAGAAAACCAAACCCGUGGCUUAACGUGUUUGUACCCUCCUGUACUAGUUUUUUGGUUUGUCAUUGUAAGCUGAGCAAUGAUUGUGUUAAGACCAUUACCAUCAGCCAGUUCUUCAGGUUUUACAAUUAGGGAUUCAAGCUAAAUUUUAAAAAGUUUUUUUUCUCAAAAGGUGUUUACUGAAUGAUAGCAAGUUUCCUGAAAGAGCACAGAGAAAAUACCAGGUUAGCAAUGGUGCCUUUUGGGAGUGUGAAGAAAAAUUGUGAAACCUAAUCGAAAACAAAUGCAUCCUAAACCCAUGCCAUCAAGUAAGAAAAAUAAGCCUUGUUAUCAUGCUGUUCAUUUUAAUGUGAAGUGUAUUUCAUGUCUGUAAGUAAUAGAAGUCUUCACUUUUUUCCAAAAGCGGCAGUGCUGAGUUUUAGGGGUUUUGUAAAACGUGUCGUGUCCUGUGAAUUGUAUGCUGUUUUAUUAUGUGUUAUUGAUAUUUGUCUGAUUAAACAAAGUGAUAAGGUAGACUUCUGUGGAAAUAAUGUGAAAUGUGAUAUGUAAACCCCCAUUGAAAACACUUACUGUAUUUGAAGAAUUCCUAUGAGCUAUUUUGGAAAUUUUACACUUUUAGUGGUCUUCUGUGAACUUAGAGGAGAGGCUUUGCGUUCUUCUACUCAAAUUAUUUCCCCACUACCUUUUACUUUCACAUGCAUACAAGAGUAACAGCAACAAAGGAAUAGAGGAGGAAUGUAAGAGAGGGAUGCACUGGUUCAGACUUUUAGAUACCACUGCGUUUAUACAGAAGGACAUUUGUGGUUGUACAGACUAUCGCCCUGCUCUUGGGCAUUGUGUGAAUAUGAACACUGAAAAGCAAAGGUCCUGGAUAUUUGCUCCUUUAAUGGGCAACUGGUUUUAAGCCACGUGCUGGGCUGGACCACUGAAGACAGCAUGUGUCAGACUCAAUGUGCGAUGUUAUCACUGUGCAGUCAAUGUAUAUUUGAAGUGUGUCACAUUCCCGUAUACCAGGUUUAAGCAGAUUCAGAGCCUGAGAUGCCAAACUCCUGUCUUCACUAAAAGAGGAGGAAAUAUUGUCAGACUUAGACAUUUUCUUAUUGUGUGAGCGUGUAUAUAAAUAAAUAUCUAUGUGUGUGUACGUGUGUGUGCGUGCGUAAGUAUCUUAAUCAGUGUGAGUCAUGGUAGCAUAACUAAGAUAGGACACUAUGACCAAAUGUAAACUGUAUUUCUUGUUGCACGCUUUGCACACAAAUUCUGUUUUCUAAAAUUGAGUUCUUCCAACUGGUUGCUGAUGAAAGUACCGAAUGGAAACCAACCCGAUCAACUCUGAGGGGUGUAUCCAUGUGCUAGAGAAAGCAAGCUUUCAGCUGUACGUGAGAUUAAGGGGAAACAGGAGGCAGAGCAUGGCAUGAGCCUGCAGUGUCAACUGCAGUGGCUGUCUGUGGUGUUCCUGGAAACUAAGAAAGCCAGAAAUAAAUGUUAAUUUGUUUGAAGGCUGUCAGUAUUCAAAUCUGAUUGCUUUAAAUGAGGUGAGUCUCACUGUGAAACCAGGGUACAGAUGAGAAGGUUUGAUACUAUCAGCUUCGAGGAAGAAGUUACUGCAGGGAAAAUGGUGACUCUGUUCCAUGGUGGGAUUGUUUCUGCAGCCUGGGACUUUCACAAGGAGUAUGUUACUGGAUAGUCUUUGAGUCAUGGAUAUUCUGUAAUUGCAUUCUGAAUCAGAAGGUCUGGGGUCCUCUUCUCUGCUGCCUUGCAUUCUCGGACUGUUCCCUCACCCUUCUGGCCGAUUACUCCUGACACAGCUGCAAAGGCGGCUGAGCCCACUCACCGCCUGACUCUUUGCCGCGAGAGGGGUGUCUGCCUCCAUGGCACCGGGUGUGCAGAGCCAGGUCCAUGCUGCCCGACCACCUGUCCUUGGGGUUACAUAGGGAAAGAGCAGGGUGGCAGACCUGGUCUCUGGCCAUCUUGGUGUCCCCAUGGUGUUUUUGGUGCAGCCCAGAGCAGCCAGCAGCACAAACAGACCAGCUGAUACCAGCCAGUGGCUCUGUGGGGCCCAAGUGGCUCUGAGUCCAGGCUUGGUGAGGGGUAGCACAUUGUAAAGAUCUCAUCAGGGGAGGUGCUGAGCGGCAGCUAGAAGGCACAGGGUGACUUUCCUCCUCCAUCCCAUCCCCUGCAGCUUACCUGAUGGCAGGACAGGGCACCAUGCUCUUGAGGGGGCCGUGGCAGUCAGCCAAAACCAGCAGGUUGCAGGGGAUUCCUGGAGGACAUGCAAGUCCUCUGCCUGGAAGGUAUUUCUCAUAUCUAGGUCUAGUCCAUCCUAGAGCAGUCCUCUUGGAGGAGCUGGGGGGCAAAGCCCAUUUGAAAUGUAAAGGUAUUUUAAGAGCCAUUUUUGAAACUGUAUUGUUGUGAAUUAAAUGCAAAUUUCAUGGACUUUUGUUGUGCAUUCAAGUUAUAAAUUUUACAUGAUAAAUCAUGGGACAAUGGGGCUGUCUUAGCACUUAACUUGGUGCUUACUGAUAUAAUAAGAAAUAGCAUCCUGUGAAACCUUACCGUCUAUCAUCAGUAUCUUCAUUUGCAUAAUGAGUUUCUAAAGCUCUGGGAACUGUGUUGGUUCGCUUAGAACCAUUUAUUAAAGAGGCGGCAACAACUUCCCUACACAUUGUGCACUAAACAGAACUACUCUUUCAUUAGAAAAAUCUGCUGCCACUCCAGGAUAAACUGUACUUCAGCUUUAGGUAUUCCUAAUUUGCAGUUGCCUGCCUUCACUUAGGGAUAGCACAGACAAAAGAUACUGUGUCCCACAGCCACCCGCACCGUCAUCCUCAACCAACCAACAAUAGCUGCAGUUACGUAUAUGUACUGACUCCAAGUGUCACGUAUCUACCAAGAAGACCAUCUAUGUUACGUGUGUGCAGAGUUAGAUUCUCAACAGUCUAAUUGUAUAUUUGUAUAAUAUAAUCUCCUCAACGCUGUGCAGUCACUAUCCACACCUUACACUGGCCUUUCGAUGAGAAUUUUAGUGUGUCUAUUGUGAGACAGACAGCGCGUUUUACCUGCUGUUAUUGGGCUGAAUGUAUGUAAAUAAGUGAAAAAUAAAAAAAGACAUCUGUACAAGCAGUGGCAUAAAAAGUCUGUAAUUGUAGACUAGGACAAUUGUUGAAGUUGCUGUGACAUCUCAAAUACUACCUUUGAAUAAACUGUUUACAGGGUCUCUUGGGAUGCUGUUUUGGAGUGAAAGGAAAAUCUUUCCUUGUGAUAAUAUGAGGUAAAGAAAUUGAAUUACCUGAGCUUUUUAUUUCCAGUGUUUCAAAGUGAAGAACAUAACUCUUUAUUGUCUGUAAAUCUAACAUUAUUACUUCCUCUUAGAAGAAUAUUGUAUCAUUAGAUGUUUGUUUGAGCUGGUAACAUCCUUGCAACUGCUGCAAUAUUUUUCAUUAGCAACCUGUAUAAUAGUUUGUACACAGUACUGUUCAGAUUGUCAUGAAAAGUAGCUUUGACCAUUUACCUACCAGUAGCAGAAUAGUAUUUCUGUAAGAUUUCCAGUGUAUUCCUACCAUAUCAUAUUUUAUUUCUAUAAUGUAAUUAAACUGUUAUUUAUUCAAGGAGAAAAA